AUGCCAGAAGCUCAAAAUUUAUCUUUACUAGAAGAAGUACAUUUGGAGGAGUACUGUUUUCCUGAUUCAAAUUUUUCUUGUUUGAAAGCGUCUUACCAUGUGACAGCUAAAACCACGUUAUAUUUUAUACUAGUGUUUGCAAUGACCAUAACAGUUCUAGGGAACUCUGUAGUGAUCAUCUCCAUAGCUCAUUUUAAACAACUUCACACACCAACAAACAUUUUGGUGAUGUCUCUAGCUAUGGUGGAUCUGCUUCUGGGAAUCACAGUCAUGCCAUUCAGCAUGAUAAGGUCUGUGGAUGGCUGCUGGUACUAUAGUGAAGAAUUGUGCUUUUUACACUCUAGUUUUGACAUGUGUCUUACUGGUGCAUCAAUUUUUCACCUGAUUUCUAUUGCAAUUGAUCGAUAUCAAGCUGUGUGCUAUCCACUUCAGUACCCUACGAGAGUGACUAUACCUGUUGCAUGGUUUAUGGCAGUUUUGAGUUGGACUGCAUCUGUUGUUUAUUCUUAUACACUUCUGUGUUCAAAAGCAAAUUUGGAAAAAUUAGAUGAAUAUAUUGUGUCAAUAAGUUGCCUGGGAUAUUGUGGCCUUUUGUUCAAUGCACUAUGGGCAGCACUGGAUGCAUGUAUAUGUUUCUUUUUACCAUGCUGUGUUAUGUUUUGUCUGUACACACAAAUAUUUUUUAUUUCCAAGAAACAUGCAAGAAAAAUUGACAGUGUGAAGCAGGGCAGAAAUGAUACGAACUUAAUCAAGUUUUCACAAAGAGUGAAACAUGAAAACAAGGCAGCAAAAACUCUUGGUAUUGUUGUAGGCGCCUUCAUUUGUUGCUGGAUGCCAUAUUUCCUCAGUUCUCUACUUGAUCCUUUUAUUAAUUUUGCCACCCCUUUAGUUCUUUAUGAUGUCUUUGUCUGGUUGGGUUAUAUUAAUUCCACUUUAAACCCUAUCAUAUAUGGGCUUUUUUAUCCAUGGUUCAGGAAAACAUUAUAUCUUAUUGUCACACUAAAGAUAUUUGGUUCUAAUUCUUCUCAUAUGAAACUGUAUGCAUAA